CUUGACAAUGUUAACAGAAAAUGAUGAAGACUCGAAAUCGCUAUUAAAAUAUAACCGUGUCGUGGUUCGUGAGAUCCUAAUAAAGGAAAAUCCAGAUAGAAAACCUUGGCAAAAACAAGUCAUGUACUAAUGUACAUGAAGAGUAAGCCAAUUAUGACUUUGGAUUGAGGAAUGUGGUGGUGGGGAAGAAGAGAAAAGGGAAGACAUUGAUUUCUAUUCCUUCCAUUCCCAUUCCCCUUCUCAUCUUGCUUUGCUGCCCCUCUAAGCCAAGCAAACUUUAACCUAAUAGGCAAACAGAAGAACUUUUUGUUAUCUUAACAAAGUUUUCAUCUUUUAACCUUUUUACAAUCAAUAGAAAGAUUACCAUAUAAGAUGCACACUUCAUAUGAUCUUUAUAUGUAAACAUUUCUAGUCUAUAAAUUGAUCAUCACUUAAAAAGGGUGUAUAAAAGAAUUACCCAAUAUCAAUCUAUCAUCUCUAUAGAGUGACCACUAUGGCUGAAUUUGCACUGCAAGUUACCACAAAGGGCACUAAUUAACAGGUUGAUAAUGAACCAUGAUUGACCCACCUAAAUCAUACUUACAAACUCAAGUUGACCAUACUUAAUCAAAACACUGAGCAACAUAACUCUGACUAUCAUAACCGUCGAUUCUAUCACAGUGACAACUGACAUGUGGUUGAGAUAAGUCACAUGUUUGGUACCUGUGAAAACACGUAAGUCCGAGGGCUUCCAGUAAAGAAGAAAUGAAGGAAAAAAUAUUGUAAAGUACGUGUAUGGUAGGUCUGUAAAAGAGAAUGAUCGAUGUUCAUUACUAUGAUCCACGGGAACCAUAUGCAUUUCUUUGAUGCAUUUUGCAAAAUAACGAUGAUGUUAUUUGCCCUUUGGAACAUAGAAUUAAAAACAGGGGAGGAGAGCUAUCAAUUUUAGAGCCAAGUGUGGCAUAAUAUGUCAUAAUAGUCACAUUUAUGAAUUUGUUCCUCUCAUUUUCAGUCAUUACUUCUCCUUUCUUUCAUUUUGAGAGAAAAAGAAAGGUAUGAGGCAGAGAUUUGUAAAGUAGUUCACAUUUCCAAUGAAAAAUACAAAUUUUCCCGUAAGAACAAAGUUUGAACCACUUUCCACUAAUAUGAUUAGGAAGAGUUUAUGUUCACAACCAAACAACCUAAAACUCAAACCAAAUGUACAAAAAGAUGGAGGAUCUAUAGGAGGUUUGAGUUUUUGUAAUUUGAGAUAAGAGGAUCCAAUCAAAAAACCAGUUUGUUGUGACAAAAAAAAAAAAAAAGAUAACAAAGCAGGUGGAUUUGAGAGUCUUGUUCAUAAAAUGUGUCCAAGUGUGGCAUUCCCAGUCAAUCAUCAGAGAAAAUCGAUUGGACAAUGCAUUGUGGAUGACGAGUCGAUGCAACUCUGGAAGAGCAAAAGGAAAGACCUCCACUCCCGCUAUGGCCAUUUGAUCAACGAAGAACGAGCUUAUAAUUUUGUGGAUGUGAAACCAACCAAUCCAUGAAUCAUCCCGACUCCAACAUCUAAUCGAUUAUUUUUUUUUUCUUUCAAAAUCCACCGAAACACAAUUCACGAGCCCAAAGAACUCCAGUAACAAACCAAUAUCCGAGCAUUGAAAUGCAAAAAAAAUAAAAAUAAAAUCCAGGUAAUAAAACACAUCCAAUCAUUAAUUUUAUAGUGCCUUGUUUUAUACUUACUCCCCCCCUAUAAAUUGCCACUACAUCAAAAAACCCUUACCCCAAAACUCAAGAAAACUAACCACUCCCUACUUCUUCUUCUUCCAACCAAAACAAUGGCACCACAUUCUGCAACCUCCAUCCUCACCUUCCUCUUCAUCCUCACCAUCUUCUCAUCACCAUCACCAACCUUCAUCACCUCAGCCAGAGCACAAGCCAGGCCGCCCCACGGCCUCGUCUACUCGGGCCCCGUCGCCUUCUCCCCAUCCGCAGUCCAGUUCUUCCACCCAAACAACCAACUCCCUCACCCUGAGGCUGCUCAGGUCACCGCCGCCGCCGCCGCGAAAUCCACCACCACCACCACCACCACUCCCUCGAGGUCCGGCGGGAGGAGUGGAUUGGGUGCAGGGGAGAUUGCAGGGGUUGUGUUUGGUGCUGCAUUUGCUGUGUUCAUCGCCAUGGGAGCUUACUAUGUGGUGAAGGCUCGCAGGGCCAAUUUGGGCAAGGCCAGCAACAACUCUGUUCAGUCACAUGUUUAAGUGGGGAUUAGUCAAAGACCAAUGGUGUAAUCAAUUCAAUUAGUGUUUUUUUUUUUGUUGUUAUUAGGGGAGUGGGAUUAGACUUUGGUGACCACAAUGUUGUAAUCAUGAUCUUACCUACUGUUUUUGUAAUUGUGUUGAUGUGAUUUCAUGUUCUGUUGCUUGGAUUAAAGUUUUUAAUUGUUUGGAGAUUAGUGUAUGGUUUUUUGAUCAAUGGCUGUGGAUUGGAAUCUCUUGAGCAAAUUGUCAAUUCCUCGGGGAGGACUUGAAGGCACAAAACACGGUCACCCUUAAACCCUAACUCAAGGCAACUUGUUUAAUUUACAACUUGGACCCACUACUAGGUUUAAACUGACGUGAUUGGUUCGUCGGGUCGAGAACCGGCGAAACCAAUUCUAUAAUCCGUCGGAAGUAAUGAAAGAAGAAAUGGGAAACCAUAGUUAUAAAAGAAAAAGGCCAUUCGAUUAGAUUUCAGCGUGCUUCCGUUCCUUAUUUUGACGACGAAUCACAAGCCGCAAGCCAAGCAAAAUCGGGAAUAUGAAAAAUGACGGACAGACGCGAUUCGUUUUAGUUCAAUCCGAUUCAAAUGUUAAUUAAUUCAACAAAAUAGUCGCAUUCUUGGACAUCUUCUGAUAGAAAAUAUGACACACAAAAGACCACCUUAACGUAUAUUUAGAUUGGACCAUCCCAAAAAGAUGAUAGUUUGUCUCAUAUCUAUGGCCGAAAUCGUUACGGUGAAUCUGAGUGAAAACCGAAUACACACCCUUCUUCUUCGUAAGAGAAAACUACUGCGUGAUUGCUUCCACCACUGUAAACCAUGAGUGAUUAUCUAACCCCACACAAUGUAAAACACGGCUUCAAAAUUUCCCGUUGCAUGAAGAAAUAGCCAAAGAAACGUGGAGCAGAGGAAGUAGUCAGGGGUGUUUCUAAACUUUGGAAUAUAGCCUCGUCGGCCUCGGCUCCAAAUCUUUUUUAGCUUCACGACAGAGCCCUUCCUUCUUCUUAUCUUCUUCCACCAACGGUUAUGGGCUGUAAGUCUGUAACAUACUACCCAAAAACAGCAUUGUCCCUCAUUUUCUGCAACUUUCCUUUUCAAUCACGGGAUUUACAGUGACGCACACAUCAACAUCACCAAUCUCUGCCCCCUUACACAGUGUAACAAGCAAGCAAGUUAAAAGUCUUUUGAGUGGGUACAGAAUCCACACUCAAAAGGAAACAGGAGGGUUUUCAGAAGACAAUUGCAGAUUUGCAGGCAUGUUAUCAUAAGAGUUGGAGAAAUAAUGUAUAGGAUACAAG